AUGGGUGCCAAGGUGAUAUCAACGCUUCACGUUUUAGCCGCGAUCGUGUCAUGGAUUGCGGCUGUCGUCCAUUGCCUCGUCCAUCCACUCAGCGUUCCUAGCAUCACCAUUUGCGUUGUCCUUGCCAGCAUUGGUGGUGUCAUUAUAGCGCAGGAGUUCGCAAGCGUUCUCUCGAUAUGGUCUCGCUGUAAGCCUCGGUUGCUGAGCUCCUACCAUGGCCGGGCGCUGUGCUUCUUCCUCGCAGCUGCUAUCCUCUUUGAUCGACUCGCCGACCUACCCUGCGACCUGUCCACUACGGCUUCGUCCCUUCCGACGUCUCCCGCAAAGUUCUCCAUCUCUGCAGGAGACGCAGCUCACAACGUGCCUGCCGUGCCGCCUUCACAGCCAUCCAAGGAAGGCUCCAGCAAGAUCAAGCAGAAGGGACCUCCCGUCUUUGGCACAGCAUUCUACCUCUGCCGUCCGCUCGCUCCCAAAUGCACGCGCAUCGACACUGUACCGGGGCAAGCAGCUGGCAGCGUGGCCUGGGUCAACAUUCAGGUCAACAAGAUAAGCCGUCUGCUGAUGUUUGCCACUUGCGCCUCGACGCUGGCUGUAUGUUUGGUCUAUAUCGUGCUGGCUUUGAUGUACAGGUCGGGAAAAGUCGACCUGUCGCCUGGCAUGGCUUGCGCAGGAGGCAGAGGUCGGGACGGCCCUUAUUCUCUGGAGUUUCACCCCAUGAAGCCUCCCGGCUUGAAUCACGAUCAGGUUGACAAAGGGGCAGGAUCCCCUUCGUCCGCCUAUCGUAUCAACAUGCACGGCAACGAUCCUUCCUGCUGUCGUUGCAUGCCUCCCGACCUGUAUCAGGAGCAAAGACUGUCUGACGCGGUUGGAACGCCAGUCGACAAUCAUCGUGCGUCGGACGAUACGAGCUUGGCACCUCCGCGGUCGUUGCGCAGAAUCGAAAGCACUGGCACGGCUCGUCCCGUCGAGAGCGCCCUCGACCCAGCUCAGGGUGCAGCGAGCACACCGGACCAGAUCUUUCGGAACGAGAGACUCGACCCGUCCUCUGUCUCGACACGAGCCGCUAGCGAUACGCUUCCUCUCGGAAAGACCAAGAAGCUAGAGCGUGGCGGAGAGGUCAGUCCACACUCGGUCGAGGUCCAACGGCUCGACAAGUACGGAUAUGAAAACGGCUACAGCCGAAACGUCGAUUAUGCGUCCGGGUGCAUUGUCCACUACCCGAUCUUUUCGAACAAGAAGAAACCGAAGGCGACGCAGGUGGUUGCUGCGACUCAGACGUUUCCAACGCUAUCUCCGCCCGACUUUUCGCGAAAAUCAUUUGGUAGCUACAGCGGAUUGACGCCGAGGCAGUCGGGCAAGAGGGGAGCGAGCGAUGCUUCCAAGUCGAACGAAACGAGGCGAGUAGCGGUGCAGCAGCGCCAGAAGAGCGAAGAGGCGGGGGACGAAGGAGCUGUGGACGCAAAGUUGCAUGAUGCAAAGACAGAAGCUGGGGUGGCAUCGAGCGUCGAACAAACGACCCACCCGUCAAAAGGUAACGGGAACAUCGUUGUCGCGCCCCACCUAGCUGGCCAAUCUGCCCCAGCGCUCCUGUCUCCAAGUGGCAUCGAUCAACCAUCUCCAUUCCUCACCUCCAAAUACCCAGCCAAACCCGCUCAAGCUCAUUCAAACCCAACUCCCGACACUCAUGACGAUCGACGUCUCGGCACAGCCGACUCCUCGCGCUCGUUCGUCUCCACCUACAGCACCGCUCAACCCCACACGUUCACCUCACGUCCCGGUACAGCCACAUCCACCAAAUCCCACACCUCUUUACGUCUCAUGCAGCGUCGCCGACGCGGACUGCUCGCCACGCUCGAUCUGCACCUGGGAACGAGACUGAGCGGUAUCAGUCAGGACGCCAGAGCAGGCAAGGGUGGUGCGGGGGAGAGAAGGUCGACGGACUCGGGGAGGUCGUGUAGCGCGGGUACAUUUGGCGGUGGCGAGGGUGGGUCACCGGUUUCUACUCCGAAAUGUGCAUGA